CGUAUAUGCAAACGGCAACUUGUUGUAUGGCGAGCUAGCUGGCUAGCUGGCUGCUUACGUGUGCGCAUUACUGUAGUGAACGUGUGUCCGUGUAGGACGUGAGCCGACCGGGCGCUAAAAAGCCAACAGAAAAGAGCCAGAUUUCACACCUUUACUUCCUUCGCCUGCCUCCGGUGUGUCAGGUUGAACAUCCCAGGAGAUCAAUCCGAAUGAGAGGACCCUAUGCUGCACCUAUCCAUGGGAAUCGCGUGAGGAGCAAAAAACUGGGAUUCAGCGAGCGAGGGACGUGAGGAUUGUGGCAAUUUUCACGGAGGUGUAUACGAUCGGACGUUGCACUCGCGGCAAGCGCAACGGGUAGUUGGCUAAGGAGGAGGGGGAAGGUUUGCACGGCGGUAGGAGAAAAUGGCGACAGCCGAGUUCGUGGGACCCCACGCCGCGGGAAGUUUGGGACCCAUGCACCCCAUGCACAGCGUGGUAGGUCAGCCCAUCAUCGAUAUGGGACUGAAUGGAGAGUCGAUGGAUUCGCGGAAAAGACCGCUGGAAGGGGAAGUUGAGUGUGGUGUGGUUAAACGCUCGAAUACGGGAAAUGGUGACGACACCAAAUACAUGUUAAAAAUGCUCAUCCCCAGUACAGUGGCAGGUUCCAUUAUUGGAAAAGGGGGACAGACCAUAGCCAAGCUACAGGUAGACACAAAAACGGUCAUCAAACUUUCAAAAAACAACGAUUUUUAUCCAGGUACAACUGAGCGUGUAGCAUUGAUAACAGGUACUGUAGAUGCCCUCAACAACGUGUGUUCUUUCAUCAUCGACAAAUUGAAGGAGUCACAGCAACAGGUGACGAAGACUGGAGUAGAGACUAACUUGAUACCACCAGACAGAGCAAGACAGGUCAAAGUGGUUGUGCCCAAUAGUACAGCGGGUCUCAUCAUAGGUAAGGCCGGGGCCAUGAUCAAGCACAUCAUGGAGCAGAGUGCUUCCCGGGUCCAGAUCUCUCAGAAGUCGGAUGGCAUCACCCUGACAGAGCGGGUCAUCACCAUCACCGGGGAGGCGGAGCCCAACAAGAAGGCACUGUCCUUCAUCAUCGACAAGGUGCAGGAGGAUCCACAAAGCGGCAGCUGCAACAACCUGAGCUACGCUACAGCCACCUUCCCCGUGGCCAACGCCAACCCCACCGGUUCACCCUUUGCCGAGGGCGCCGUGGCCGCGGUUAUGCCAGCCAACGUGGUCAAGGCCCAGAUCCCCGUUGCCCCAGUGGGGCUCACAGGGCUCCCGGCGACAGCCCUUGGCACUCCCAGCGUGUCUAUCACGCCGCAGUCUUAUGCCCGGGUACCUACAACUGUAUCAUAUAGUACAGGUGAUGCAGCAGCCAUUAAUGCCCUAAAUACCUUAGCUAGUUAUAAUUACACCAUAGGGGGCCUGCCCAUGUCGGCCAGUAUUGCAGCACCCAAUCCCUUGUACGCAGGCACCCCGGCCCAUUUGCAGCCCACACAGAUGAUCCCUUCUGGUUUGCUAGGUGCGUACCAGGUAGCAGCAGUCACCGGCAAUUCCAAAACAACUCUCCCCACCCCUCUGAAUCUGUCCAGUCCAGCUGCAGCCGAAAGCCCCGUCCUCAACGGCUCCCCAACCUUAACCGUCCCGAGCCAUCACUUGCAGGAGUCCUCAGUGCCUAGCAUCGGAAUGGCGGCUCCCAUGGGCAGCCUGACCGGCGUCGGGGGUGGCCUGGGUGCAAUAGCGCUGGCGCAGGAGCCCCCCCAAUCCUUGGGAACCAAAGACCCGACCAGGGACACCAUUCUGGAGGUUGAGGUUCCCGAGAAUCUCGUCGGUGCUAUUCUGGGCAAGCGGGGCCAGACUUUGGUAGAAUUUCAAACCACCUCGGGCGCCAAGAUUCAGAUCUCGAAGAAAGGGGAGUAUGUCCCCGGCACACGCAACCGCAAAGUCACUAUCACGGGAGCCCCAAAUCAAGCACAGCUCGCCCAUUUCUUCAUCACUCAAAAAGUGGCUCAAGAAGAACAGAACCGGGCAUUAAAGGGGACCACAUAGGCCCAAUUUUUUUUGCUGUCUCCACCUUGAAAGUGAAGCCUAAACGUUACACUUGACAGAAAAAAGACAACACCGUGCCUUGUGAAAUCAAUUCCAGGGGUCCCUUUGAACAUGCACACCAGCAGGAUCAAUCCAUUUUUGUUCAAGGGGUAGUAAUUUAUGUGUGCUUUCAGUCACAAAUCAGAAUUAGAUGGCGAACCAUGAAAAAAAAUCAUAAAAGCUGGAAGUGACUCUCCGCAUAAUUUUACCUGGAAACGAGCAGAAAGACAUGAUUAACACCUUGAUUAGUGAUGAGUUGAAAGUGUCUAACUCAUGCAGGAAAAAAAUAGAUGAACUUUUGUGUGUCAAAAGAAAGCAACAAAUUUAAAAUCUCAAAGAUGUAGAAACAGAAGAUUGACAGGAGAAUUGUGCAGUUUGAUUUGAUGACAUUUCACGAGAUUUUGCUCUGCCAUUGCAACUUUGAGCGGUGGAUAGUAAGCCACAAAUGAUCGCCGUUUUGUCUUCGACACACCGAGGAAGAGUUGGGGCAAAGAUUGGAGCCUUAAAUCCCACCAAAGUAAGUGUAUAAAAAUAUAUAUGAGGAGAAAUCCUGUUAUUUUUGUGUUUUGUCACAUCAACUCUUUAGUGAAUGAUUGGAUGAAUGAGUAUCAGUGAUUUAUACAGAGGUCUUUUCUGGCUUUUUUUUUUUCCUUUCUUUAUGCAAAGUGAGUCGUAGAAAAUGGCAGAAAAAAAUCUUAAAAAGUGAAG